AUGUGCGGUGACUUUAGGUUGACGAUUAACCAGGCUGCUCCUUGUGAGAAAUACCCAUUGCCAAAGAUCAAUGAUAUAUUUGCCUCUAUAGCUGGAGAUCAGUUGUUCACCAAGUUAGAUCUGAGCCAAGCUUAUCAGCAGGUGGCGCUGGAUGAGACGUCACAGAAAAAGUACGUUGGCAGUGGAAAGAUGAGCAUUUCGUUCAGACGAGCGAAAGAGGCUCUCCAGUCUAGUCAAGUGAUGAUACAUUUUGACCCAAGGAAGGAAGUCAUCGUAGCCUGUGAUGCCUCACCGUACGGGGAGCUUCCUGCAGCAGAAAGGAGAUAUGCGCAGAUAGACCACGAAGCACUCGCAUUGCUGUUCGGUGUGAACAAGUUCCACCAAUACUUGAGUGGAAGAGCAUUUACAAUCCUUACCGAUCACAAGCCGUUGGUCUCGUUGUUAGGAGAGAAUAAAGGCGUGCCGUUGAUGGCAUCAGGUCGCAUGCAGCGUUGGGCAAUAGUGUUGUCUGGCUAUCAGUAUAAACUACGUUAUCGACCAGGGACGACAAAUGGUAACUCCGAUUCACUCAGUCGGUUACCUUUGUUUGUUACACCAGAAGUGACAGAGGAUCCUAGUGAAUCGGUGCUAUCACUGCACAUCUUGAGAAUGACCCUUGCCAGACUGAUAACAACUGCACAACUCCGGCAAUUUACAGACAGAGAUGGACAACUGGCAACUGUCAGGCAUUAUGUGUUAAGUGGAUGGCCGAGAGAAGUAGACUCCGAGCUUCGACAUUACUGGAAUCGCCGGCACGAGUUAAGUGUCUUAGGUGGUUGUGUACUGUGGGGUCUCGAGUCAUUAUACCUCAGAACGCGUGGCCGAGGGUGUUGGGAGGAAUUACAUGUGGCUCACCCGGGGGUAUCUAGAAUGAAAAGCCUAGCAAGAAGCUACAUUUGGUGGCCGGGAUUGGAUGCUGAUAUAGAGAAGAUAGCAAAAUCUUGCGGGACAUGCCAAGAGCAUCAGCGAUCACCACCAAAAGCGCCUCUUCACCUUUUGGCACAGCCAGAACGUGCGUGGUCGAGAUUACAUAUCGACUUUGCUGCGCCAUUCUUGGGGCGGUGGUUCGUUAAACUGUCAGAUGCGUACUCUAAAUGGUUGGAAGUAAACCACUGA